GAAGUUUAAACGAUUUCUCGCAGCGAAACUCUCCAGCUUCCGACAUUCAAGGGAUAUAGAUCGUUCGACGAAUGGUUCAUUGAAAUUAGGGUUUUUUCAUCAUCUUCUCGGUCUACCCCCUGUAAAGGAGCCACCUUUGGGAGGGUUUUUGCGUCACAUUUAGGGUGCUCCCUUUAGUUUGAAUAGCAUCGAACUUGGCGAUGAUGGAUUAUGACGAAGAGAAUAGUGAUCACGAGGCACAUGCUUCAACAGAGUCAGUGCAAGAGUCCGAGAUCAAGAACAAUGGUUCCUCAGACAGUAUGGAUCCAUUAACUGUGGCCUUCAACAGUUACCACAACUUGCAAGAAGUCCUUGAAAAAGAACUCCAAAAAUUCCAAGAGCUUGGUAAAGAAUCUAUAUCAUUACUACAUGGUGUAGCAGAAAGCAGCAGUUGCGUACACUCAGGACAUGACCGAGAUGGUGAAGCUAGUUCUCUGGAUUCCGAGGUACUAAACCUUGUUAAGAAUGUAGAGCAUCUGGAGAUCAAAUUAGAAGAAACAAAGCGUACUCUCCAUGUUAAAGAAUCACAAAUCCGUCAACUCGAAUCCACCAUAAGUAUUUCAGAGCGAGGAACAGCAGAGAUGGAAGACAUUUUCCAGCAAAAGAUAAAGGCAGAGAUUGAACAUCUUACAUUCUCAAGAUCAGUGGAGAGCCUAAAAAGAAAGAUCAAACUGAUUGAAGAAGAGAAGGCAUUGGCGGAAGCUCAUAAGACUUUGUCUAAGCUUGAAGAAGCAGAAAACAAAGCUGAGAAUCUAAAGAAUCAAGCUCAAGAUUUGAAAAACCAUUGUGUAGACAUCACAGAGAUCCAAGAGGUGAAGAGUUUCAAGAAGAGAGUAGUUAAGACUACUUCAUGUCUUCUUCUACAGUUUGGCUUGAUGUUUAUGCUGUUUAAUAUCCACUUCAUGCCAGAGUCGGUGACCGUUGUGCCCACAUGAUGUAUUUUGAUUGUUAAAUAUGUGUUUUAUUUUAUUAAUUUCUUUGUCACUUUUUUUUUUCUUUUAAUUACUUAUAAUAUUGUAACAUGUUUGGCUCCAACAGAUCAAUUCCUCUUUUCUGCCUUUUGUUUUCCUCUGUGCUGCUGCAAUGGCAUGAGGUCAGUGUGUAUGUUAAAUACUUUGUUUUUCCUUUUUGUCAACUUUGCCAUCAUUUUCAGUAAA